AUGUUUUUCGAGUGCAAUUUGAAAAAGGAGCGUCACGAGCGGCGAGGACGAUGUCGCGGCGACGAUGACGACUACGGCCGACGAGGACACAGAGAGCAGCGCUGCGGAAAACCCGGCUGCCGCGAAAAGUGCGCCUACUCCAAGACGGACGGCAUGAAGGUCUACGCGUCCUACUGCUGUGAUCAUGCCUGCCUGCUCGGAGCGCACCGAUGCCGUCUUAUGAAGGAGAGGAACGAGACCUACUGCCAUAUCCAUGCCACCUGCACGGCAGCGGGCUGCCUCGCCAAGGCGGACCGCCUAUCCACGAAGACGCUCCCCUGGUUCUGCGACCGCCACAAGUGCACGUACCCGGGCUGCGCAUCCUUUGCCGAGCGUGGGGGCCGCUGCGCGACACACGCCGGCGGCGCGCUCUUCUGCUCGGCCGGAGGCUGUUCGGGUCUUUGCGGUCCGAACUCGCCGUUUUGCGAGCUCCAUGCUGCCGAAAGAGGCGGUGGACCGAUGCCGAUGCCGAUGCCAAUGCAGAUGCCGGGGCACAACAUGGCACAGGGGUGGAAUGGCCCUCCUCCACCUCCGCACGCCGGCAUGAUGCCGGCCCCGCCGUUCUUCGAAGGAGUUCCCGGCGCUUUCCCUGCAGCCGCUCAACCUGGCGUGCACCAGUGCGACAUGCACUGCACUGAGCACCGGCACAGCAACAAGGCCUCGCAGCCAGAGAGCUUCUGCCGCACGCCCGGCUGUCACCGUCUGCGACGGGCCAGCGGCGACGGCGAUUGGUGCGAGAACCGUGAGUUGCUUGACAUCAUCACUGGACCGCCCCCCGGCGCGUUCUGCAGAGUCCACGGCUGCGCGGCCGACACUUGCGCGCGGUUCCGGGAAGCCGGCGGUGGGUGGUUCUGCGCGGAGCACGAGUGUCGCCGGCCGCGAUGCCUGGAGCGCGUCGCCCCCGGCGCGGGCUGCUGCCCGAGGCACCUGAACGACGACGGCCAGGAGGAGGAGGAGGAGGAGGAGCAACGCCGACGGGAAGGAGGGGGGCGGGAGCGCUACCAGCAGCGGCGACACGCAGGACAGGCGUGUGACGGCUUGUCAGCACCGCGAGUGGUGAUUGUGCAGGGCGACGCCGUCGCUGGGUUGUCGCCGGGGUGCCGGUGCGGCGGACGGCAGCAGGGACGGCGGCACCGAAGAAACAGGUCGCUCAGCUCCGGCGAGGACGAGGACGGUUAUGGUUAUCGGUGCGAGGGAUCUUGUGAUCGGGUCGGUGGCAGAUUUAGGCGAGUCUAUUACGACGACUGA